GUUUCCUCCUUAUUUUUAUUUUUAUAUCUUUUAUCUGAUGUUUCGCUCGUGUUUAGAGAGAUUAAUAAUUGUAUAAUGGUGUCCAUUUAAGUGGCGUAAAAUGGAAGUUAGACAUGUAUUCUGUAGCAUACAGUGACCCAAAUAGAGAACUAAUUACACAAAUGUAUAACAAGUACAAUACAAAAUAUAUAGGAAUGGUGACAUGUAUUUUUUAAGAGAAUGUUUGAAAAAAUACAGUAAUAAAAGAUUUAUUAGAUGGCAUUUGUACUGACAUUAACAAUAUCUCAGCUGUUUUCUGUGUACUUACUGAAUGUAUGAAAAAUUAUUAGCACGAUUAAAGUCCAUGAAGUAAGCCAGCUAGCUACCAGGUCCUGGGCUGGUCGGUCAUUGAUCCACGAUUAUCGUAAUAUAUGAUAACAAUGUUACGCCGAUACACACGAACAAGAAUAUAUACUUAUAUUAUUAUAAAAUAGUUCAUACCUCUUUGUUUGGCUCAUUUAUAUCAGCAGAAUAAAUUCAACUUAGGGAAUUAAAAAAAUACAUAUAUAAUAUAAUUUUAAAAAACGAACGUUAGCUUGCGACCACGGCGAUUAACACAUGUUCGCAUUAAUACCCGGUUUUUAAUAUAACAACUGUUGAUGCAACGAAAGUCUCCAUAUAAAUUAAUAAAUAAAAUAUAUAAAUGUCUUUUAAGUAAUCAUAAGAAAUACACAGAAAAUUUUAAAAUGAUACAUCCUGUAUAACAUGAUACAGAUAUUAAAAUUUAUAGAUGCAUUGACAUUAGGUGCAGUGUAACAGUGUUGUGUCAUGGAGACGGUAGCCGCAGCUUACAACACCGUCUUCUAUGAGAGAGCCGAUCCCCGCGUUAAAACUUGGUGGUUAAUGACGUCACCAUGGCCUUUGGCAGCAAUCAUCGUCGCCUAUCUGACAACCAUCAAAGUGUUCCUGCCGGCUUACAUGAGUGACAGAAAGGCUUUCGAGCUACGCUUGCUGAUUAAGUGGUACAACGUCAUACAGAUAAUAGCAAACGCUGUGGUUACUUGGGGGAUUUUAACAUCCGGUUGGACCACUACCUACCACUUCGGCUGCAUGCUGCCAGACUAUUCCAUGAACCCCGAAGCGUUAAGAAUGCUCAGUUUCCUCUGGUGGACCAUAAUAUUGAAACUGUUCGAACUAUUUGAGACUGUUUUCUUCCUGUUGAGGAAGAAAGAGAAACAGGCGUCAUUUCUUCAUAUAUACCAUCACGUCAGCACAUUGAUCAUAAUUUGGUCAGCCGUCAAAUAUGUUGGAGGUGGCAUAACAUCAUUCUCUCCAAUGAUAAACAAUGCAGUCCAUGUCAUCAUGUAUAGUUACUACUUACUGUCAUCGGAGGGAAGCCCCGCUGUUAAAAGCUUCCUUAUUAAAUAUAAAAAAUGGCUGACCAUCAUGCAAAUGGUACAAUUUACUUUGAUGAUAUUGUACAGCGUACAAGUUUUCUUUCCGAGUUGUCCCGCUCCGCUUGGCAUCACUGUAUUGUACUUUCCCAAUGUCAUAUUUGUGUAUUACAUGUUUUAUAAUUUUUUUAAACAAAAUUAUGGAAGACAGAACAAUAUGAAAAAGAAUGAGAUCAAGAACCAUAAUGAUUGUAAAAACUUUUAAGUAUGUAUAAUAAAAUAAGAGAUGGUUUAUAAUGACUUUUUAAAAUAUUUUGUUACGAGACUUAAACAUAUAAACAAAAUAAAGAUAAUUUCUUUUAACAGUUUGCUU